AUGAACGAAGAAGACCAACAACACCAACCCAACGCCUUCACAGACUUUCACCCAGGCCACAUCACCCAGGAUACCUUCCAGGCCCUAUUAACCUGCUACCCGGCCACGUUGGACGCCGUGACGCGCCGCAAGGUCACAGACCGCGUCCUCCGAGCAGCCUCCACACGAGGUAAGCGUGCCAAACGCUCGCGCCAGGCGUCUCCUCCUUCCCAGGUGGUGAACUCUGAGCUGGAUGAGGAGCAGAAGAAGCAGGUCGAGGCGGAGGUGGAGGCAUUCCGGGAGUUGGAUGCGCUGAGGUAUGAAGGGUUGCCGGGGGUGGUGGCCGAGAAGAAGUGUUUGGAGAAGGAGGAGGUUGUCAGGUUGGUUGAGUGGAAGUUAAAACAUGGUAUCUUCCGUCCUGCUUUGCUGGGCAUGGUGAAGUCGAAUCCAGCGAAGACGGUGCAAAAAGCUACGUCGGAUGCUUUUACGGCAGUUAAUACGAGUACAUCUGCCCAGGAUGAAGCUGAAGCUAAAACUGAAACUGGUGACGGGCCAGAGACCAUCGACCCGACAGCUUCAUUCCCCAAGACGAGUCUAGAUGCUCUGAUGAAACCGCUCCGCGGCGUGGGCAUAGCUACUGCCUCGCUACUCUUGUCUGUGGGGACGAUCCGUGACCCAGAGCAUGAGGCUCCGUUCUACAGUGACCAUACGUACCUCUGGCUGUGUAUGAAAGAGUUCCCGGGAUAUGGGACCCGACUCGGUCAGGAGAGCGAAAAGACAGAGGUCAAUAAGCUGGGGAAGAAAGCGGGCAAGUUCAAACCGAAUGGCGAGAUCAAUGUCAAAUAUGAUGUCUCGGAGUAUCAGUCGUUGUGGACGGCUGUUAAUGAAUUGCGGGGGAGGUUGAAUGAGACUGAGUCUUCUUUGGGGAAGGUAUCUUGUGCCGAUAUUGAGAAGGUGGCUUUUGUGUUGAGGUAUAUUGAUGUUUCGGGGUAUUUAGAGGAAUAUGAUCGGGUGGAUGAUGUUUUGCAUACUCAUGAGGCGGAGGUGAAUCCGGGGAUUAAGCGGAAGGGGUUUGAUAAGGAGGAGAAGGGAGGUCGGAUGACCCUAACAUGGCACGCCCUCCUCUACGAUACCGGCCUCCUAGGCGCCCACCCCCGCACAGAAUACGAAUCCUUCGAUCUCGCCUCUCCAGAACCCAACAUCUUGAAAUGGGACCCUCGCUGCGAAGAUAAGUACGUCUUCCUCAGUCCACGGGGUCAUUUCUAUCCGCACCCGGGCCCACUGAUAUUCGAUAAUAAGGGGAACUUGGUCUGGAUGGAGAGUCGGUUUGGUAUGGUUAUGGAUUUUCGGGUUCAGAAGUAUCGAGGGGAGGAUUAUUUGACUUUUUGGGCUGGGGAAGAUGAUGGGACGAGAGGGUUGGGGAGGUAUUAUAUGUUAGACAAAACCUACACCCUAACCCACACAAUAACCCCCGGCGACAACCUCCACGGCGACAUCCACGAAUUCCAAGUCACCUCGACGGGAACAGCCCUAAUAACCAUCUACGAGAUCAUCCCAUACGACCUUACACCCAUGAACGGGCCCCAACACGGAUGGAUCUACGAUUGUCUCUUCCAAGAAAUCGACAUCGAAACCGGGUCAUUACUCUUCCAAUGGCGUGCCAGCGACCACUACAAUAUCACCGAGACGUAUUUCCCGCUUGAGGAGGGAAAGGGACUGGCGAACUCGAGUGAGUCGGCGUACGACUAUUUCCAUAUUAACAGUGUGGAUAAACUGGAGGAUGGGCGGUAUUUGGUUUCGUCGAGAUAUAUGCAUACUGUGACCUGUAUUGGGGGUGAUGGGGAGGUGUUGUGGGUUCUUGGGGGGAAGAGGAAUAUGUUUCGGGAUUGGGAGGGGGGGUUGGCGAUGGGGAUUUUUAAGUGGCAGCAUAAUGCGAAGUGGGUUUCUGGGUCUUUUGGGUCUGCAUCUGGGAGGAAUGGGGGGGUGGAUGUGAUUACGGUGUUUGAUAAUGGGGCGAAUGAUCAUGUCAUGGACGAGGAUCAUAGUCGGGGGCUGGUGAUUGAGGUGGAUGUUGGGAAUUGGACGGCGACGUUGAAGCGAGUAUACCAUGCUCCUGGGGGCUUCAGUGCGCAUUCGCAGGGGAAUGUGCAGGUGUUGGAAGAGUCGGGGAAUGUGUUUGUGGGGUGGGGGAAGGCUGCGGCGUAUACCGAGUUCAGUGCUGGUGGAGAGGUGCUCUGUGAUACACAUUGGGGUCCCAAGAUGUUCUUCCCUCUGGGCUGGGUCAAGUCGUAUCGGACGUAUAAGGCAGGCUGGGUUGGGAGGCCUGUUAUGCCGCCGGAUGUGGCGGUUGAUGAGGGUUUGCGGACGGUGUUUGUUAGUUGGAACGGGGCAACGGAUGUGGCCGGGUGGGUUUUGCAGAGGGCGUGGAAUUCUACAGAGGACGAGUUUGAGACGGUGGAUUAUGUGCCCAAGACUGGGUUCGAGACGGCCAUUGAGAUGGAUGAGAGUGCAGGGUCUUGGAGGUUGAUUGCGGUGGAUUUCACCGGCGAGGAAUUGGGCUAUACGGAGGUGUUUUCUCUGGACCAUUCGGAGUCUUGGAUCCUCUCUUCGGCAUUGGCGGGAGAGGAUGGUCUGCUGUAUAUGCUUAUCCCUGCCUGUAUGGUGGGAGCUGCACUGGCUGCUCUGUGGCAGACCAGGAAGAGGAUUGCAAUGGGGCUGCGUUAUCUUGCUGCUCUACGGGCUCGGCAGUUUUAUUGA